AAAGCGCUGUUGUUACCAUGAUCAAAAUAAUUGACAAGUGGUUUCUUGUGUAAACAUAAAUCAACAAAUACCCUUUGAACCCUAAACAGGACCGAAGUCCAAUGUCAUGAACUUUGAAUGCUGAUAACAUAACUAUUUUACAUAUGACUACGGCAUUUAGUGUAGCCAGGUAUAUAAGGACAGUUGUUGACUUGGUUUGCAACAUGUGGGCCCUGAAGCUUGUUAGCUUUUUUAUGUUGGGUGUAUUUUUCAGUUAUUACCUGGGCUUAUCAUGUCUCUUGACAACACUAGCAGUUUUUGGUGUCUAUUUAGCUACUGGUGGAUGGAGGUUUAUGAAAGUUGUCAUCAAAACGCUACCAAGAGAUUUAAGGGCAUUAUCUGUGCUGCUGACAUUGAAAUGGAAUGUGAAGAAGUACAACAACACCGGAAGCAGCAUUCCGAAAUUAUUCCAGGCCACAGUAGAAAAGUUCCCAAAUAAAACAUGCUUUAUCUAUGAAGAUAAAAGAUAUACAUUUCAGGAGGUAGAUUUAUUGACAAAUUCCAUUGCCAACUAUUUUUAUGAGUCUGGGAUACGUCAGGGCAAUGUUUUUGCCAUCCUGAUGGAGAACAGACCAGAGGUUGUGUUCUAUUGGCUUGGACUGGCUAAGAUUGGUGCAGUGGGAGCUCUCAUUAAUCAUAACUUGAGGGACAAGUCCUUGUUGCAUUGUAUACAUGCAGCGGAGGCUCAUGGGAUUGUUUUCUCCCAGGAGCUUUCCCCAGCUGUUCAAGAUAUAGCUAAAGAUCUUCCCAACACAGUUCAGCUCUAUUAUAUUGGUCAGGGUUCAGUGUCUGGGGUCAGUGCCAUUUCUCUAGACCCUUUGUUAGACAAAAGUCCAACAUACCAACCACCUGCACCUAAAACUAGAUUUACAGACAAACUAUUUUAUGUAUAUACAUCUGGGACCACAGGUCUACCAAAGGCAGCCAUUAUAUCUCAUUCAAGGUUUUAUUAUAUGUCAUAUGCAGUCAACUUAUUCCUGGAGAUUGGAAGUGAUGAUAUUCUGUAUAAUGCUCUCCCUUUGUAUCAUACGGCAGGGGGGAUAAUUGGUGUUGGACAGGCCUUCCUAAGGGGAACAACUGUUGUUAUAAAAAAGAAAUUUUCAGCAAGUAAAUUCUGGGAUGAUUGCGUUCAAUAUAAAUGCACAGCUGCACAAUAUAUUGGAGAGAUUUGUCGAUACCUGAUGGCCCAACCAUUCCGAUCUUCAGAAACACAGCACAAAGUACGGGUUAUGUUCGGCAAUGGACUUCAACCAGGGUUGUGGAGAGACUUCCAGAAAAGAUUUGGUGUUAAAAUCAUGGGAGAAUUUUAUGGAGCCACAGAAGGAAACUGCAAUAUAUUAAAUUUCACGAACCAUAUUGGAGCAUGUGGAUUUACUUCAAUGAUUGCCCCAUUUAUGUACCCAGUGACCUUGGUCAAGGUUGAUGAGGAGAAUAACAUAGUGAGGGACAGAAAUGGUGUCUGUGUGAAAGCUAAACCAGGUGAACCAGGAGAACUUGUGGGGCGGAUUGUUUUAGGAGAUCCAUUAAGGCAGUUUGACGGAUAUGUUUGUAAAAAAGCUAGUGAUAAGAAAGUUGCUAAGGAUGUAUUCAGGAAGGGUGAUAUGGCUUUUCUCACUGGUGAUGUACUAGUCAUGGAUGAGUAUGGGUACAUGCAUUUCCGAGACCGAACUGGCGACACGUUUAGAUGGCGAGGAGAGAAUGUGUCAACAUUUGAGGUAGAAACUACAAUCAGCAAAGUAAUCAAACUUAACGAUGCAGUCGUGUAUGGUGUGGCAGUACCAGGGUCUGAAGGCAGGGCUGGUAUGGCAGCUAUUGUAGACCCCAAUGAUCAGAUAGACCUAAAAGAAUUGGCCAUGGCUUUACAGAAAUCCUUACCAUCCUACACAAGACCUUUGUUUAUAAGAUUAAUGAGACAGGCAGCUGACACUACAGGUACCCACAAACUGAAGAAGACAACUCUUCAGGCAGAAGGUUUUAACCCGAAUAUUGUGAAAGACAGGUUGUUUUAUAUGAACACUAAAACAGGACAAUAUGAAUCUCUGACACAACAAGUUUAUGACGAUAUUUGUAACCAGAAAAUACGGAUGUGAUGAGCAACAGGCUGUGAUCUUAGAUGUACAGUGUUGAUAUUGUCAUGUUAAGCAGUAUUUUUAUUGUGAUCAUUGUAAAAUUAUUAUAAAUUAAAUAGGUUUUGAUAAAAUCAAAUAACUAUAAAAUUAUUUUUGUCAGCUCCGCGUUUGAUGUUUACAAACUCUUUCUUAUCAAAUGCUAGUACUGUUUUCUUGUUGUUUCUUAAUUUCUUUUUAAACAUUGUCUUUGAAAUAAAAGUAACUUUAAAAUU